UCUCCUCUUUUUUUCCCUGAACUCGAUCGACAGGCUCUCACCUCUCUUCGGGUCGAAUUUCCACCAGGGAAAAAGGAACCCCAAAAAAAAAAAAGGAAAAAAAAAACUAAAAAACCUCGCGAAGAACAAACAUACCCUAGAAAAUUAGAAAUCUCCAAUCCAAUUCCAAGAGGUCGCAGAGAAAAGCUUCUUCUUUGCUAUCAAUCUGUUCAUGCGAGGAUUCUUCGGCGCCAAGAGGCAGGCUCACGCCGUCGAUUGCGUUUAUUUCAAUUGAAAUUAGGGUUUCCUGGUAAUCGAUUUUACAUUUCGAUUUUGCUUAUCUUUGAUUUUCUCCACUUUAUUCGAUCCGUUUCUCGUUGUUCUUCGUGUUUUUCUGUCCCCUGCAAACCCUAGUUUUUUGUUUCGUUAGGUUAGAGGAGGAAAAAAGAGAAAAGAGGCAAAAAAAAAAGAACUCAAUUCUUUGAUUCUUUAUUGUGUAUAUAUAGAUUGGAUUAGGCUUUCAGUUUUUUAGGUUUCUUUUCCAGUCUAGCUAUUUUUAGGUUCUUUUCAAGAAGCUCUGUGAAAUUUUUGGUGCGUUGUUUUAGUUUGUCAUCCGAAAUUGAGGGUUUUCUUGGUAGAUCUUCCACAGAAAUUUCCUUUUUUGUGCCUUUUUUUCCUUCUUUUUUUCCCCCUCUUUACAAUCACUCCUUUUGUCCUUCGUUUCUCUUUUAGACAAAAAGAAAAAGAAAAAAAAAGGAAGAAGAAGUGUUGAGAAAUCUAGGGUUUCGUGUUAGAUUUUCUGGGGAAGGAUUCGGUAGAGUGUAGAUACGAUGGCCUUGAAUUUUUCUCAUCGGCCUGUCUUUCCGGGGCAUCUCUCUGAAGAGAAUUUGGUCUCGCCGAUCCGAAUUGCGAACGGGUGCUUCCUGGAGGGUAUCCCGGAGAGGAAUCACGACGGCUUCGGUAGCCCGUGGCAUUCAAAUUGGGAAGUUGAGAAUCCCUUUGAUUAUGGGAGGGACAGAUUUGAGAGUGGUGGCUCACAGGAAUCGGUAUCGAGCGACAUUCUUGAUCUUCUGCCUUCGGAUCCCUUUGGCAUGGAUAUAAGUACUACUUUCACUGCUAUCACGGGUUGGCUCGAGGAUUUAGAGGUGGACUACUGCGGAUAUGGAGGGGAUGAGGCUGUGGCGAGUGAUGGGGGCUAUCAGCUUUUUGCGGAAUUGAAUUUUAUUUUGAAUAAUGCCAUGAGGUGCCAGGCUUUCCCUGCAAGUGCAGAGGUUGAUGAUAAAUGUAAUGUUGCAGUUGGGUUUGGUUGGUCUUCUGUGGAGGAGGACAAGGCUGGUGCAUCUUGCCUUGCUCAUUUUGGAUCGGGUUCUGCUGAGAAUAGCACUCCGAGUAUCGGGAAUGGAAGUUGGGGUGUCGAAAGCGGGCAAAGUGAAGUUUCUGGAGAUGGUAAUGGAAUCUUUUCCAAUGAAGAUGGAGGAGCUCCUCACGGCGGUUUGCUCUUUGCCCUCGGGCACAUGGGUGUGCGUAAUCUUCUUGUUCUUGAAAGCGUAUGCAGAUCUCUGCAAUCGCAGAUUCGUGGUGAUCCCUUUUUGUGGACGACUAUUCACAUUGAGCAGCCUUUGAACGAGAAGCUUACUGAUGACAUUCUUUUGCACUUAACCAACAAGGCUCAAGGUAAUCUAAAAUGCUUGAGCCUGGUGGAGUGCCCCAGGAUUACUGAUGAUUGCCUGAGACGCGUGCUUGAAAGUAAUCCUAAGCUAACUAAGUUAAGCGUGCCCGGAUGUACAAGGCUCACUAUCGACGGCAUCAUGAAUAGCCUAAGGGCUUUCAACUCCUCUGGAGCACAGGGUGUGAAGCAUCUACGAAUUGGUGGGAUCUAUGGUGUGACACCCAAGAUUUUUGAAGAGAUGAAGUUAUUGUUGGGCAUCGAUGACAAGACGCAGCAGAGUGCCCGGAAACCACGUUUCCAUGUAAGAGGAAGCCUUGACCUUCCUAACGAUGAUGAUCGUUAUAUCGACAUCGAAACGUGCCCUAGAUGCCAGAACCAUAGGCUUGUUUAUGAUUGUCCGGCUGAGACUUGUCAAGGGAAAGAUCAUGCUAUUCAACUGUGCAGGGCUUGCACACUCUGCAUACCACGUUGUGUUAAGUGCGGUAGGUGCAUUACCGACAACGAGUAUGAGGAAACAUUUUGUCUGGAAUUGCUUUGCUUUAUCUGUUGGCAUGAGGUGGAGAAGUUGGAAGAGAAUCAAGAUUCAAAGGUUGAUCCGAUUCCGUCCGAGUCUGCCGUUCCAGUUGAACAAGAUCAUGCCUUUUCUUUUCAUGGCUAGAGACCGAUUACCUGUACAGGCCCGUCGGUUUCAAGUUAUGACUCGCGAAAUGGCAUACUUUGGUCGGUUAUUCAGACACCCUUUGGAAGGAAGGGAAAAAAAAGCACCAUGUUGGAUAAUGUUUUAUUGAACCUCUUAAGUCACAUGACUGCUGUUGGGUCAUUGUGAAAAAAUAAAAAGAAAAUUAAAAAAAGAAGAAAAAUUCAAAAAAGAAAAAAAAUUGGCUGAAGACGAAUGCUAGGAGCUAGAGAAGUGUUAUAAGGUUUCUGCUAGCAGUGCCCAGAGAAAGGAUCUUUGCUUCCUGGUGGUUCCUUUGCUUGGCUCUGACACGAUUGGAAUCUAAUGGAGGUAUGUUUUUUGGCUUAUAAUUUGCGGUGGUGUCGAGCUGGGAUGUAAUUAUGACCUACCUGCAAUAGCGACACUUGGAGUACUAUAUUUGUGAUGAAGCAGAAAGUGGAAAGAUGAUCUGUCUAUUGUUUGUCUUACGCGUGGUCAUUGAAUAAAGAGCUCAUUUAUUUGUUGCCUGCCUGCUUGGGAGAUGAAUUGGUGAUUACCCUUUCAUUCCAUUAUACUAUGCAGCUGUUUGUGUUAUACUAUGCAGCUGUUUGUGUUAUUAAGUGUACACUUGGAGCACUAAAACUAUGUGACUCAGACGGCAGACUUGUGUCUCUAUGUUCACAGUUCAGUGUUUCUCCAGUUUUAUUAAUGAGUGUUUUCUUUGUUCCG